AUGUUUCCACGAUUGUGUUUUAUCGCCAUUCUGAUUUUUUGCGUUAUCAAGGUUCAUAAUUUUAAAUAUAUUGGUUCAUUAACUGAAAAUGAAUGUAAAUCUUAUAUGGCAUCGGCUAACAUUAAUAAACAACUUCAAGCUGUAUUCAGUUGCCCAAGAAAAUGGCGAUUCAACUAUAAAAAACAAAUAUCCAAUGAUAUGAAAUAUUACCUGGUGAAAACGGGAUAA